AUGCGCCGUCUCUCUGGGUACCUCGGGCUCGCAGAGCUCGAGCCGGAGAGCAAGUCGCCUCCCGCGCCUCUCGUCGCUGCGCCCGCUCCAGCCGCCGCUGCUGGCGCUCCCGACUUCUCUCUCGUCUCCGACCCGGCUGGCGGCUAUGCUGCAGCAGUCGGCGCCGGAUCGAAGAAGGCACAAGCGUCCGCCGGCAAGGUCUUCGGCCUCGGCAUCUUAGCGGGUACACACAUCGGCUUCGGCGCCUAUCUCGCCGUGGCCAUCGGCGCCGCUUGCCCCGGCCUCCACGCCUCCAAUCCGGGCCUCCAGAAGAUGGUUUUCGGCGCAUUCGGCCUGCCAUUCGGAUUAUUCAUGAUCUCGAUGUCCGGCGCAGAGCUUUAUACGGGCAACGCGGCCCUCGUGCCGAUGGCGUGGCUGGAGGGGAAGGCCACCGCCGCUCAGGUCGUCCGCAACCUCGGAGCCUCGUGGGCCGGCAACCUGCUCGGAAGCAUCCUCCUCGCGGCGCUGGUGACUGCCGGCGGCACGCUCGGCGAGGCGGCCGCCGCUCAAAAGAUUGCCUUCGGAAAGACGCACGAGCCGCUGCUCGUCGUCCUCGUACGCGCCGUCCUCUGCAACUGGCUCGUCUUCGCAAACAUGUUCCUGCUUCCCCUCGGCAUCCUCAACGGGGCGGACACGUCGUGGACCGAGGCGCUCGUCCACAACUUGCUGCCCGUGACGCUCGGCAACACCGCCGGCGCGCUCCUCGGCGUGGCGCUUCCCUUCUCCUUCGGCUUCGGCGCAGUCGGCAAGAAGCUCCUCGGGUCGGCUGCCCCGCCGCUGAUCUCCGACGCCGCACGGUCGUUUGCUUCGUCGCACACCUCGUCUGCGCGCGACAACGCAGGCAACCAGGCCACCGAUCUCGUGUGA